GUAAGAAAGCCCUCUGGCCGGGAGUUGGAAGAGAAGCCUGUGUUCUUGGCAACACCAGUCUGGUGUGGAGUCCACCUCCCUUUGCUGGAUGUGGGAGUGGAAGCGAGAUGAUGGGACAGAUCACCGAGUUGCCAAGAGACCUGGAGACCGACCCAUCCGGGCCGCCUUCCCCGGUGCACUCUCGUCGGCUCCAUCCCUGGUUGCCAUGGAGACAGGAGGCUGUUGCCACGGAGACCGACGACUGCCAGGACCAGCCAAUCACUCCGGAGCUGCAGCUCCAGCUCACCUUUUGGAUGGAGGCAUCGGGCUGGGCGGGGCCCCCUCCCUGCCCAGGCCCUGCACCCUCUGCUCGGUCAGCGGGGAAAGAAGCUGCGCCUCCAACUCCACCCAAAGCGCUCCAAGCAUCCCAGGAUCCCAACCACCUCCCCAGUCUCCCGCAACCAGGGUUCUGGGGCGUCCCCGCCUCUUCCCGGCCACGGGCUAAUGCCACCCUGAGGCAACCCAGCUUCCAAUUGGCCCUGAAACCCUCCCUCGUAAAUGCUGUGGAAAGGGUGGGACCGGGCGCAGGCGCCCACCCCCGCUCCCCCUCGAAACCGCGCACAGCGAGAGGGAGGCCACAGCCGGGUGGGGUGGGGGCGGGGAGGGAGCCCCCGCCCCCCCCCACGCCCCCCCACGCCCCCCCACGCCCUCCGCAGUGCCUGGCGAGCCCGCGCACGCUCACUCGCUGGGACAGGCGGGCGGGGCGGCCUGACGUCACCCACUGCCCCCACCGCCCGGCCGAGGGGCGGUGGCCGCGCAGGCUCGGCGGGGCGGCGGCACGGACUGACUGA